CAUGGGAUCAAGUGCUACCAAUGUGUUUCAGAAAAUAGCUGGGAUGACUGUGUCCCCGGAAACGACACCACGUGUUCAAAUUCAACCGGUUCUUGUUUACAACUUGAAUUUGAUGGAGACGUUCCAGGUAUUGGAACGUACAGGGUUUUUCAAAGAGAGUGCACCAUGAAAUCGGUAUGCAACCAAGACAUUUGCAAGAGAUUUAGACAGGCAUCUUCCACCGUCAGAAAGUGUGGUUUCGAAUGUUGCGAAAGUGACCUGUGCAAUAGAAACAUAUUAAAUGGCAGCAAUGGAGCCAAAGUACCAAUUGUCAGCGCUUUCCUGUUUUCGGUCUGCCGUCUUAUGUUUUUUUUCUGUUGAAACUGACGUAUGUUUUCAGUUCGAUUACAAUAGACUGUGAACACUUUUCGUUAAUAACUGCUGUUUAAACUUCUGUAGGCAAACUCGAGGAAAAGUUGGUAAAUACAUCUUUUUAGAUGAAAAGUAUAUGCUGAACACGGAAAGAUUGUUUACCAAGCUUGAUUUUGAGUUUUAAACCAUAAAAUCAGGCUUUGAAACAUGGCACCUAAUACCGAACAUGGAAACGAGGCUAAACUUUUGAACCACAUUUGAUUAGAGAAUUAUUGUCCCAAAUUAGUUAAUUAUAAUUUCCUCAUUGCAAAAAAGCUAAUAGAUGGCAGCUGGCUAAAUGAAACACGUUUACAUAUGGUAAAAGGUAGAUCUAGAAACCCCAUUUAAGCGGACUGCGUUCUUUAUUGUGUUCACAUAGCAAAGCAACGUAAAAUAUUAAAUUUCCUAUUUCUUUUAAUCAAACCAGUUUUAUCUCAAGGAUUGCACCACGCUGAAGAGCACUAUAACCUAAUAAGUUCAAUAUUUCAACCACUGCAACUAGUUUAUAAUUAUUUUCAGGGUCAGUGGCGUUAAUUCGGUUUGAGUAUAAAAACAAAACCAGAUUCGGCUACAAAAAGCUACUGGCUGUGUUUUAUUCUAAGCUGUGUAUGUUCUGUCGCACUUUGUAAUAAUCGACGCACUUUUUAAUACCUAUCACAAUUUGUAAUAAAAGACCAUGGUAUUUGUAAGAAAAUAAGCUGUCGCACUUUGUAAUAAACUUGAAAUGGAUGGUCGGAGGACAAGUUAACCCAAUAAUAAGUAUCAUCAUUGACAACAACAACAGCAACAACAAUAACAAUAAUAAUUGUUUAUUGAGGAUGUUUUAUAAUGAUUAUUAUUUAUAUAAGGGCCACUCAUAAAACGGCCACUACAAUAACACAGAAUAAUGUACUAUUCACUUCCAACAUCACAGGCAUAACUUGAUUGAGAUAAUGACGUAAUUUAAGAAGUCAUGUUGUUGAAUUUACCGGCAAAAUCCAAUUUCAUAAUACUCGUUAGUAUAUACACACUCAGUGAUCUUGGUAAUUCAAGCAAUCUGAUUGGUUAGCUAUCUCGGACUAUGACGUUAUAUUCACCGCGCUAGGCGGUGAAUAUAAAGCCGAGCAAAAUCGCUGUCGUGAACUGGGUGUUUUGCCAAAGUUUCAAAGUAAAACCUGUUUGAAAAUACACGAAUAUCCAAGUGCUGAUGACUUUGAAGGCAAGAAAAGACUUCAUGGUGUUUAAACAGCGUGAUUUAUUGUGAAGUGGUUUACUUUAGCUGACUUUUUGUACGCUCGAAGCUAUGUUUACCACUACAGAGGAAAACGAGGUCGCUUUGUCACUGUUUUGUGAUUUCGGGAUUUUCUCGCAAGACCAAUUUUGCCUAUAAAUAGAGGUUAAUUUAUGGAGAAGAGAGGAAGGCAAAUAUUUUCGAAAAUUGUACGUGCCAGCAAGUUAACAAGGCAAAGAACUUUGGAGAUAAACAACGCUUACCUUGAUCGCAGCCGCUGUUGACAGCAUUUGCAAGAAGCGACGAAGAAAACUUUCUCAUUCACGGUGAGUUGACAGAAACAAAUAAAGCUCUAGAUACUUUUCUUCUCAGAAUUGGGUAGUAAUUUAAAUUUUCGGCGUUUUCUUUUAAACCGUUGAUGCUAAAGCUUACAAAACUCGAUACAAAAGGAUUAAAACUAUCAUUUGCCAUGUUUGAAGAUACUGUAAAGAUCUAACUUUUGCGCAUCCACUGUUUACGGCUUCGUGUUCACGCAUGAAUUUUCACCCGUCAAUCAAACUAAUGGUUUUUUAAUGGUUUCCUUUCUGAUUCUGUUGAGAUCACUUCGUGUGAAGAUACUAAAACAAUUAUUCACCUCAGGCUCAGUUAAUAUUGUUGAAUAAUCCCCUCGACUUCGUCUCGGGGAUUAUUCAACAAUAUUAACUUCGCCUUCGGCGAAUAAUUGUUAAUUAUUAAACAAAUCGGACUCCCGCUACGCGGUCGUCCGAUUUUGUUAAUCACUCGUAUGAUUACAAACCGAAUUGGACUCCACUCAGUCCUGUUAUCAUUUCUAAUAAUAACGAUGAUGAUGAUGAGGAUGAUGAUGAUGAUAAUGAUUGUCUGAUUAUGAUAAUGAUUGUGGCAUCGUGUUGUACUCGAUGUUUGUGUUUUAAAGGUUGAACUGGUCGUUGUGUGUGUUUACAUCAUACUAGCUUAAAACGUCAGAGUCAUGCCUCGCUUGAGGAUACAGAUUAGUUUAUUUUGCAACGCACAUAAGCGAGACAAUGAAACAAAGAGUAAAAAGAAGAAGAAGAAGAAGGAAAAAAAAGAGAAAAAAGCAAGUCAGUAGAGGUCUUUACGACUGUAUAUUUCCGGUUGGUCACAAAUCCGGUUCCCUACACCGAACGUCAUGGCUUAACUUGAGUGGCGCGCAUUUCUAGUAAUUCUUAUUUUAUUUACUUUGUUGUUACCCACACAGCUUCAACGUUGGAGCACCCGAGUCCAGUCUUUUUUUUGUGAAGUACACCGUAAAGAAUGACAACGCCUCAGUGAGCGAUCAUUGAAAUCCACUCUUAUCAAGCUAUUAAAAUACACUCUCUGAAUAUUGAAAGAGCAUGACGAUUUAAGUUAUCCGUGAAAUUUUGAACGCGAUAUACGGUACAGUUUCGGAAAAAUUCUCUUUGAAAAACUCGAAAUUCUACAAAGAAUGCAUGGCUAAAUUGACGUUAUUGCUUGUAAAGAGCAGAAAAUUGGACUAAUUGCUCAAAUUAUAAUUAACCUUAAUUCGUACAUACGGCGAUGCUUCCAUGGGUUAAGUCGUAUGAAAGAGGAAAAAUGUCAGCAGUGACGUCAGCAAAGAUUCGCGUAUUGGAUAUUGCUUUCUGACGCACAUGGGGGCCAAGCUCUUUCACUCAAUAUAUCUGCGUCUCUUGUCUGGCUGAGAAACGUUCCACUUGUUAUAAGGUGCGGCACUGAAGAUUUUUUUACCUUGUCAGCGUUUUGAUCUUCAUUGACAAGCUCCCUACAAAAUGAAAUUUCUGUUUGCUUCGCUGUUGGUUUUCGCCUUUUGUAUCUCCGUAGGUAAGUACUGUAUGGCACUGUUAAACAUAUAUGCAUAUUUUACUUGAUAAGAGCUGCUACAUCGAUGCAAUUUGCCUCAAAAAGCUCUAGCUGUCAUUUAGUCAUUUAGCAGUCAUUUUGAAUGUUUUAUGCACUUUUGUUGUUGUAACCUAGGUGUCUAUCUUUGAACCUUACUGAAUAGUAUGAAAUUGCAAGUCGUUUACGUAGAAACUGGUUUAGGUGCAACGACCACCAAUAGUCCAAAUGAAAAGCCUCGUCCCCGCAGAAUGGCUUUUCAACUGAAUAAAACGGAAUGUGAGUUUAUUUAGGGUUAAGAGAUUUCGAAAGAUUGUAUUUGCGCAACACUGGGGGAAACUUUUUCCGUGAUUGCAUCGCCUUGGAUAUAAACACAAGAGUUAUUGAGAGAAUAAGCCUUUCCUCGGACUUUCAUGUCUUUCUAGGGUUUGCAUAUCUUUCGAGAAUUUCCCAACUCCCUUAAGUCCUCUAAAAAAUAUUAAAAACUAAAUUAAAGUUUAAGGGGGUAUUUUUGCUGUUAAACGAGGUUUAGUUGAUAGAAACUAUAUAAUCCCAUUCUAGUUUUAAUCCAAUACGGGUACAUAUUUUCUCCCAACGCUUUCGUUGUGUAAAAGCCGUGGUGCCAUUCUCAAAUUCGAAUUUGGGUUUGUUUUUUCUUUUUUUAUGAAAAAAGGACCAAAACUCUUUUAAACAGGCACUGAUAAAAGAUUCUCUUGAAACUAGCUGCAAAGUUUUGUACAAGAAGUUAUUUUACGCCUAAUUGGUUCUUAAUGUUUUGCAGAAAGAUCUUGGCAAAAUAUGUAUUUUACGCGCUUAAUGAACUUAAAGGAGUUAGCUGUGACAUCGUGCUUGCAAAGUCUUUUUAAGUUUUAACCAUUGCAAGAAAGGAAUUUUUCUCCAUAUUUAAGCCCAAAACGUGUUCUUUGGAAUCGUGGUUACAUAAUUUGCCCGCAGGGGACUGGAAAAGAAUUUAACGUCAUAAGUGUGUUUAUAUUUCCUCAUCCAAACACAGCUAUUCUCGCUCAAUCAGAGCCCUGACCUCGUUGUAUUUUGGUUAUUUUAAACCAAUAUCUCUCCUAGCCUUGUUCUUAUACCCACAACGGCUGUUGAUCCCUUCGGUUUUAAAUGCUCUUCUAAUAAGCGUAGUAUCAUAAUAGACACAUUGAAUUCUGCAAGCUUAUCGUACUAAGAUAGGUGAAAAUUCAUCAAUACGACAACGAAAGAACCCAAAACAGCGCGGAGUUGUAGCCGUAGACAGCUGUUUCGCCAUUCUUGUGGCCCAUCAUUAUGGCGAAACGAACAGAGAAGCUCUGCUGAAAAAUACCCGCUCACUUCACUCUGUGUUAGAACCCCGACAUUGAACUCCAACAUCCACCACAGAAUCACGCCGUAUCACGUGUCCCCAAUCAGUAUCGCAUUUUAAAUAUAGGAUGGACAAAACCCACCUUAGAGACAUGGGCAAAACCAUGCUAUGUUCGUGGGACAGGCACGCGUAACGAACCCUUAAAAAGGUCUGCGUGGGAGGCUAGUGGCGUGCAGGCUUUUCAACAAGACAAUGGCAACUUAAUCAAACAACAAUAACAAUGACAUAGUUAUAUAGCGUUGAAAAGACAAUGGCAAAACUAAAACUCGCUUGAAUCGCGCUGAAACGAUCAAAAGCGCUGAGAAAACACCAUAAAUAUGACGACAAAGCAAGACGUUGUGAUUUGUACUAUUCAUUGCUAUUUUUGACCCGUAAAAACGAUAUCUUGAAUCCACAUGCCAUAAAAACCCUUAUAAUAUUACUGUUACGCAACAAAGAUACGUUUUAGCAUGGUUAUCUUGACGUCAACUGAAAACCAGCAAUACGAUUGGAGUUGCCGGGGAUAUUAUGUAUUUGUUAGGGCGUACAAAAUUAUCACGUAUCACGUCGUUUCAGCGCAUACAUUAUGAAAAGACAAAUGAAGACAGUGCCUCCUUUCGUAAUUGUAUGUCCCCUCGACCGUCUGAGCCAACAGCUGCGCUUCGCAGAUUUUCUUAAGAAUUUAGCACUCUAAGAAUAAAGAGUCGGUUAUUUAAACCAAGUUUCACUUAGGCAGCGGUUUAGCUAAUAUUUAGACCGCCAGAUCUUUUCUAUAGCACUUGGGUUGUUUCAAGAAAUAAGUGCUUUUCGAGUCUACGCCUUUUAAUAUGCUUUCAUGAAACUUUUUACGUUAAAUGGUGUUUAGACAAAAGCAUUGGGCGAACUGAAAAUGGGUUACAACACGGUUUUGUUAAACACUAGCUAAACUCCUUUUUAAUAGCUGGCACAAAAGAGUUUACUUUUUUCUGCUUUGCAAUUUAUAAUAAAAAAUUAAAACAGUCGUUCCACCAGAAACAGUAGCUGGCGAAUCAGUUGAAGCCGUGAACAGCUAUAGAACACGGUUUUAAACAUCCCCAAGUCAGAGAUCGUACUGCAUGUGGUCAAAGACCUUUUUUCUACAGGACAACUAAGAUUUGGAACUCCUUAGAUAAAUUACUGAAAAACAUCAUAAAUUUUAAAACUUUUAAGGGAUAAGUUAAGGAGUAUUUGUUUGAGAAUUUUAUCUUUAUUUAAUCAGUUUUACUAUUUCAAUCAGUUUCUUUCCGCUUCCGAAGCCAAUAUGGAAAUGUUAAUAAGUUUGUAUCGUUAUGUAUGUAUCAAGACGUGGCUUGCUGCCAAUAAACUCAGUCUGAAUAUGGCGAAAAAUGAGUAUAGUCGGAAACAUACAGAACCAGGCCCCUGUUGUUUAAAAGAUGAAUAAUGCUAUCACUCGGAAAAAUUGCUAUCUAAGGAAAAGUAAUAGCUUACUUCGGAAAGAGUGAUAUGGGAUCGUUUUGGGGGACAAGUCGAGCAGCCACCUUGAAUUUUGACGAGACAUGCAAGUUGUUGUGUGCCUUUGUGCACAAAUAUUUUCAGGAACUUCCCUGGUCUGGCAUUUUGUAGAAUACCAAAGGCAAAAAUAUGUAUGUUUGCUUCAGAACGCUAAUUUGAAGUUGAUCUCCGAUAACACACGGAUUCGCAUUCUUCUGGUUUUUCUCGAAGUAAAAUCGUCCCAGGCACAUCUUCCUUCAGCUUCACAUUUUUAUGUUUUCAAUUCCACCUUACGUUUUGGUAUUUUGAGCUGUUUUAACCCCGCUGCAACAUUCUACUUCGCUUUCCGCCAAGUUUGUUUACAUUCACGUGCCCCCAAAUAAAUUCAUAAAUGCGCGCGCGCCUAGUUUAGGUCCCAGGCUUUCACUGUUUUCCGAAGUGAGCUAUUGCGUUAUCCGAUGGGUAAUGAUUUAUCUGGUGGAUUGCGCUAUUUACCUUUUGAACAAUUGGGGCCAGAUGUAAUUUUUGGCGAUAAACCCUUUAAAAGAGCCAGGUAAGGAAUCAUGUUGUAAGGUACUGAACUUACACAUAGGCAAAUUUCACAUGGGAAAGAAAAACGUUCAUGAACUUGCGAGGAAGGUCAGCACAGCAAUGUUUUUAACGUAACUUUUCUUCCGUUCGUUACCUUUUGUACAACUUACAUAAGCUUAAAUAACUGUUGUUGACUUGUCAAUUUAAUACCAUUUGCAGUGCGUAUUUUGUUUCAUAUAGACACUGCCCACCUAGACUAGCCCUUGCUAUUUGUGGGCAGUGAGAAAAUCAGAACAUUGUAAAUCUGAAUAAACUAAUACAUGAAUGAAUGAAUGUAUCUUCUGGAGCAGGCGCUAUUCGAGAAAGCUUAGACAUUUUGCUGAACAGGACUCUGAUGAUGAAAUGCUUAUCCCAGGUAACCCGCUAACGACGAAAAUACCAGUUGCAAGAGACGACCUCCUACUAAAUAGAAAAUAAAGUCACCAAAUUUGUUUACAAAGUUUACGUUCUAGAAGCUCUACUCCAUUGGAACCAGGAAUAACAUUGGCCGCAAAUAAAAGGAAAAGCCGGCGAAAAAAGCAAUGGACCCGAGGACAACCAGACACACCCAUUAUGGCUCUUGCUAGACAACAACAAAAAAACAAGCAUAAUCUUUUUUCCCCUUAUGUACGUUUCACAAAAGUGCACUGAGCUAAUCAUAGUGGGCCAGUCAAUAACGUGUAGGGAGUAUAUAUAAUCCGGAAAGAUUUAUUAAUAUUGAAAAGGACAUGAGCCAUUAUGGCUCUUGCAAAGGUGAGAAAGAAUUUACUUUCUCCCUUUGGAUUGAUUUCACUUUAUCUUCCAUUUAACAAAUGAAUUAAUAUCAAUUUUAAACAAUUUGACUACAAACUCCAUGUCCGCCCCUUCUCAAAGAACAUUUGACUCAUUUAUAUGCAAGAUUAAUUUACUUCAAUGACUGCAGUCACUGUAAUCAUUGUUAGUUAUACGAAGAUUACAUCUAAACGAUGAUAUCAGCUUCAAAGUUAGUGUCAUUAAACAUUCACUCAUCUUUUACUUUCAUACUGUCAAACUGGAUUAAGUUGAGUCAAGUAGCACUGCUGGUACGCUUGCUAAAUCAUAAAAUUCAUUAAUUGUUUAUCAAAAUUAUGACCAAUCCAUAGGUAUUGUUUGAGUCAAAUACAAACCUGAGCUUUAAAGCUUAAUACAAAACAACCGAGUUGAUGAAUUACAAAUCAGUAGAAUUAACUUUUAAUAGAAACUCCCGCUGCUGCAAAAAAAUAUUGUGUAUGGGUCUUCAUAGCUCAAAUGGUAGAGCACUGCAGCGCUAAAAAACGAAGAAGCAAUGGGUUCAAAUCUCGUUGAAGUUGCGCAGUAUAUUUUUUUUGCGUGAACGAAAAAAUAUAUUUAAAAAUUUAAAAAUUACACUUACCACUGCGACGAUCAUAUCUUUAUUUAAAAAUGAUCUGUUUGUAAGUGAGAUUAUUAGUUUAAGGGCAUAGAUUAUAAUUUUAUUUUGUGCUGUAUGCGUUCUUGGUGCUCAAAACAACUAAGAUCUACCUUAAUGACUGGCUGAGAAUCGUUCGACUUGUGAUGUGACUCUAAUUUGCUCCUCACAAAACAACUGUUAGUUCUCAGCUAUGGAGAUGAAUAAGAUGGAACUAACACUGAAGCCAACCAGCUCCACUGCCAGUGGGCUUAAAAAAAAUUCUAGUAAGAUGCUCCAUGGACUGACACACUGAACUUCAUUUCCUUAGUGUUAUUAUAAGAACUGGCAUUUUAUAUCUGGACUUGGAGAGGGAUAAUAAUGUGUCCCUCUCAAACGGCUUUUUCUUUACAUUUAUAACACAGCUGGUAGCCUGCGAGCAAGCUCUCCGAGGGAGUAAGGCGGCGGGGCAGGAGAAGGAUGAAUGAGAGCAUGCAACUAUGCUCUGAGCGCUUAGAUUUCCUCCAAUCAAUUAAUUAAUUUGUUUUUUAGGAUAAUGAUUACUAGCACAAUCUACCAAAGCCUAGAAGGGGCUGAAAAAAAAAAUCGUGAGUUCCGGCCAAAUCACCCAAACCCGCUCCCACCCCCCUCUGAAAAGAAGUGGCUAACCCCUUAUGAGCUUUUGUAAUUGUGAUUUCUCUGUUUUUUGUAGGACACGGGAUCAAGUGCUACAGGUGUGUUUCAGCAAAAAGCUGGGAUGACUGUGAUCCCGGAAACGUUACCACGUGUUCAAACUCAAGUUCUUGUCUACAGUUUGAAGUUGAUGCAGAAUUUUCAAAUCAUGGAACUUACAGGCUUUUUCAAAGAGAGUGCACCAUGAAAUCGGUAUGCAACGACGACAUUUGCAAGAGAUACAGACAGGUAUCUCCCACCGUCAGAAAGUGUGGUUUCGCAUGCUGCGAAAGUGACCUGUGCAAU